AUGGUUGCGCACGUCUACGGAAAUGCUGAGAAUCCUGUGCGCCUGCGGGAACCACGGGGCACUGUGGGCCGCUGUAAAAUGGGGCGAUGCCAGCACCAGAAACCACACAGCCUGAAACCUGGACCAGAUGGGCCCGCGCAGAACCGCGGGGUCCGCCGCACCCUCGACACCCUAAGAGGCCGCCUGCCCCGGGUCCUGGUGGCCGGCCGGCGCCUCCCGCCGACGCCCCCGGCUUGGCUCCGCCCCAGCGGGAGGCGGGCGCGAGCCCCGGGGGCCGGGGCGCUGCGGGCGGCGGCCGCGAGGGGCGCUGCGGGGGCCGCGGUUAAAGGCCGGGCACGGGGGCGCGCGCUCCGAGGGAGCCGCCGCCGGCCGCCCCCGCUCCCCGCGGGCUUAGCGGGCGUCUCCUGCCCUCCUCGGUGCCCCGUUUCCCGCGCGUCCGCCCACGGGGCCGCAGGGGACUCCGCCCACGGGGCCGCAGGGGACAGCGUCGUGGUGUCUGCGUACCCGGGCGGCGGGAGCCGCCGCCGGCCGCCCCCGCUCCCCGCGGGCUUAGCGGGCGUCUCCUGCCCUCCUCGGUGCCCCGUUUCCCGCGCGUCCGCCCACGGGGCCGCAGGGGACAGCGUCGUGGUGUCUGCGUACCCGGGUGGCCGCAGCGGCACGGAGGAGGCGGAGCGGCGGGGCUGCGUGGAGCACGGCACGAGGGACAAGCAGGAGCUGCCUGGCGGGGACCCCAAGGAAGGACCUUUCCGGGAUGACCCGUGUCCCCUAGAGGUGGCACUGCCGCCGGAGCAGGCCGAGGGCCCCCGCGGGCCCGGCAAGCGGCGCCUGAACAUGGACGCGCUCCAGUGUGACGUCUCGGUGGAGGAGGACAACCGCCAGGAGUGGACGUGCCCGCUGUACGGCCUCGACCACAGUGGGAGGGCCGCCAGAGAGGACACGUCCAGUCCGACGCACGCCAUCUACGAGGCUGUCGAUGCCUCGGUCAACCGCUCCUCAGGCGGCAGCAAGACCCUCCGAGUGAAGCUGACCCUCAGCCCUGAGCCCUCCAGCAAGAGGAAGGAAGGCCCCCCCGCCGGCCAGGACCGGGAGCCCGCUCGCUGCAGGAUGGAGGGGGAGCUCCCCGAGGACCCCAGGGUGGCCGGCAAGAGGCUGUGCACGCACAUCAGGAGGCCCGCCGCCGACCCCCACCCCUGCUCCGAGCGGGGGCCGUACCGCGUGGACGAGAACACGGAGCGGAGGAACCACUACCUGGACCUGGCGGGAAGCGAGAACUACGCGUCUAAGUUCGGACCAGGGUCUCCCCCGGCACGGGCCAGGCAGGAGCCCCCAGCCUGGGCCACGCACCCGCAGGGCCGGUCCCGCUCCCAGGAGUCGGAUGCGCCCGCCGUGCACCAUCGCCGCUGCCUGGGGCCGGCUGAGCCCGGGCCCCGGGCCCUGGACCUGCCGCCCCGGCCGAAGGGGCCGGAGAGGCCGUUCUUGAGGUCCCCGCAGGGCUCGGGACGGCCGCCUGGGGCCCCCGGCGGGGGCAGGCCCGGGAGAGCCUUCAGCUUCCACCCGCCGGCCCCCCAGCCCCAGGCCCCACCCCAGGACGGUCACCAUGUCCCGCAGCCCCUGCCCCCGCCCUACGGCCACAGGUGGUGCCGGCAGAGGGGCCGGGAGGGCCACUCGCCGCUCAAGGCGGCACCAGGCCAGCCCGCGGCGCUGGAGCACGAGGCAGCGCGGGAGCUGCCACCCGCGCUGCUGGGCGAGGCCUACGCGGUGCCGGCGGUCCAGCGCCACGAGCACCCCCACCCCCCGGCCUAGCGGCCCCGACGGCACUGGGCCCCGCGGAGGGGCCUCCUUCCUCCUCGGCGAGGAAGCGCCCCGUGCCAGCGGCAUCCCCGCCCCGUGUGACCAGAAACACGGUCGCACGCUUAG